GUUGGUAAGUUGUGAAAACUAAAUUACGCAGGCGCAAAGCCACCGCGACAUACGUGUCAAAAAGCUGCGGGCUCUGAUUACGGAAUGUUGUGAUGUGCCGGUGAAAUUUGUAGUUAGUAAUACAAAACUUCAAAAUGAAAAUCAGCACUUUUUCCAUUCUAGCAUUAUUUAGUACUCUUUCCCUGCUUGCUUAUCAUACACAUGCAAGUAUAGGAGGUUACAUUAGUUUGUCAGAUAAAAAAAAGUUUCUACAAGUUCUUUCAAAAUCCUUCAAUAUCGAGGGAGAUGAUGUGUCCUCAUCUUACUACGGGGCAAAAGGGUUGAAAUUGUUGAACGAACCCUACGAAAAAUCAGUUGUGUCUGAUAAUUGUGCUCACAUCAAGAAAAACUUUAACCCAGCCAAAAAUAUGGAGAGCACUUUCAAUGCUCUCAGUACUUGGUCUCUUCUGGGAUGUCAGGGAAGCUUACACAAUUCCGCUAACAUAAAGGAUAUAGCAGCUGUAGUGGAAAAUGACAAAUCAUCCUUGCUAGAUCUGCGCUAUGCCGCCGAAACAUUGUCCCUUCUCAAACAGACCAUUCCCAACCCUACAAAAGUCGUUCAACUCAUCCAGGCUAAGCUGAAAGAAGAUGACAGCCUUCAGAAUAUCGGCCAUGCCUUACAUCUCUCAGCUCUCUUAGGAAACGCAGGAAAAUUUGCCCAAGAUCGCAUCGAAGAUGUAGUUGUCCAAGCAGAUGAAGUAGACGGGAAAAUUCUCCAAUGGGAAGGAGGCCUCACCACAACUUCUCUGUUGAUAACGGGGCUGCUUCGUCUGCCUGGCGCUACUCCUUUCACCCCAGUACAGGCCGAGAAAUUGGCUAAUUAUUUGCUAACGAGGAAGACCGUUCAAACUUCUAAGGGGGUUUGGGCUCUCCUGGAAGCCGCUACGGCCCUGUCUGCAAGCAGCGUGUCCCCAGUGAGCAUCUCAGUAGUGGGAAGCGCCCAGGUAACUGUUGACAAGCCGGAACUACGCAUACAAGUAAGUGAUUUGUUCGGGCAGGCCCUGAAGCCAGCUCCAGGAGCUGUGGUGGCUCAGUCCGUGAAGCGAGUUGCUGAUGAUCAGGUGGUGGCAUCGAAACAAGCCUUAACAGGUGGAAGCAGCACUACUGAGUUCGUUCUUGUCCUGAAACAAGAGCCUGGGUUCUAUCAUGUUGUUUUAAGUGUAGGCAGCCAUACUGCAGCGUUUAAUGCCAAAAUAUCGGGACCCAUAUCGAUUAAGUCUUUGGAAAUUGGUUUGAGUGAUGCUGAUGGCAGCUCGGCUUUAAAACUGUCCCAAGUGACGUACCCUGGGAAGCUCGGGUCAACCCUCCAAGCAGAUUCGAGUCAACACUUAGUGGUGAAGUUUGCGAUCUCCAGAAAUGUGCACCAGGCUUUCCUUAGACUCUACUCUGGCAGGAAGGAAAUAGUCUUUGUUGCUGAGCAAGACACGAGCAAGCAGUAUAAGGUGGAAGUUAACCUGGCAAAAGAACUCUCCAAUUCCGGCACGUUUGAAAUGGAGCUCAUUCUAGGGGAUGCCAUCGUCAUGAACCCCAUCCGCUGGCUGCUGGGAAGCAUCGAAGUCAGCCUAGGCUCAGAAGCCCCGCAGGCUACGAAGCCCAUUCGGGGACCCAAGCCGGAAAUCAAGCACUUGUUCCGACCGGCAGAAAAACGUCCAGCCGAGGCGGUGUCGCUGUUUUUCACAGCUCUCACAGCGUCCCCUUUCCUGAUCCUCCUGAUUCUAUGGGGAAAACUCGGGAUCAACUUUGGGAAUUUUACGGUUGUCGCUCUACCAUUCCACGCAGGGUUUGGAGCUAGUCUGGCGCUGUUCACACUGUUCUGGUUGAAACUGGAUAUGUUUGUGACUUGCGCUUGGCUGAUUCCCAUUGGAGGGUUCACGUUUUUGAGUGGACAUAAACUGCUGAGUUGCAUCGCGAGGAGUAGAAAGCAGGAAAAGUAGCAGUAGUACUCCUUGAGUAGUUUUUUUUGAACUGACAAGAUUUCAUUUCAUUUUGUUUUCAUUUGUUGUAUCAUCUUUCUAAGAGUGUUAAGUUAGUCCAAAAUAUAACUGUCACAAAUUUUGUAAUAUAAUACUUUACAAGGUGUUUAAUUUU